AGAACAGUCUAUUUUCAGCUGUCAACCGGGCUGACGUGUUUAUUUCUGGUAGAAAAGUCGUUUUUGUUAAUCAGUCGCAGUUUACUAAAUAAAAGAUAUAUUGUGUUUUAAAGUAAGGCAGCUUGCACAGAAACUAUGAGUACCCCACUUGGAUAUACGGAAUUAGUACAAUGUCCGUACGAGAAGGCGCAUCGAAUUCAACCACACGCUAUGUCUAAACAUUUGUUCAAAUGUAGAAAAAAUCAUCCCAAAUUGGAUUACGUGUCCUGUCCAUUCAACGAAUCGCAUCGAGUUCCGGCUCAGGAGUUGAAACUUCACAGUAAGGAUUGUCCUGAUCGUGCUUCAAUUGAAACGUACAAAUAUUCGAUCGCUACGACGGCUUCCGCCUGCAUUCCGGGUGAGCAGUCUCAACAGCCAAAAUUAAUAUACAACCGACAGAAGCCCGACCCAAUUCACACGAACUACCGCAAUCCGAGACCGGAAGUUUCGGACGAUGAUGACGGUGAACCUGCGGCAGCCAGCUUGGAUGACGAUGAGUGCUGGGAUGAUAUGAAUUUACCAGCCUACAACCCUCAGGAGUACUGUAAAAAUGCCAAGGUCAUCCGGAAAGCAACACUGAAGACUCCCGCUGAAAAGAAAAAGUUCUACGAAAAUGAACGGCUUAGGCUGCGAGAUUUGAAUUUGAAUGAUUAAUAGAUUCAGAAAUCUCUACGUGCAACGUUCCAAAACAUCCGUCUGACCGAUCGAACCAAAGACACUCAUUGCAUUCGUGUUUAUUUUUUAACCGCAAAACAAACGUUCUGAGCUCAGUCCACAACCAGUUUUCCGAGCCAAUGGUAUCAAGUUCGAGGAUAGGAAUAAACAUCAAUAUGCUUGGUACUUUAAAUUCAUAAGUGUUAUGUGUGUCAUAAAUGUUUCGUGUUCGAUAUUUUGACGCUAUUGUUUUCAAAGUGAGGAGUAAAAAAUUGAUACUUCCAUAUUCUGUGCAAAAUAGCGGUGUUCAAAAUAAACGAAGUUAAGUGACAGAUAUAAAAUUUUCAUGUUUAGUUUAGGUUUUCUUCUUUUUAAUCAGUUAAUGAUCAUGUUUCACGUUCGGUAACAAAAUCUUAUACUCGCUUUCUUCUAUAGCGAGAUAUAUACAUACAUUUCAAUUGCUUUUUUAUACAGAUGGUUCGACGGCUUAGACAGAUAUCAGUGAUUUUCCUUCAAUACGCUCAACGGAAAGAUGUGUAUGAUAGUGUUUAUAAUUAUGACUUAAGCGAUUGAAUGUAAAAUAUUAUUUAAAAUACUCUUUCGAAGUAACAAUAUUUUUCAAAAAGUGUUUAUAUUAUGACUUAGACGAUUGAAUGUAAAAAAGUAUUUAAAAUACUGUUUCAAAGUAAAAAUAUUGUUCAAAAAAAAUAAUCGCUUUUCGGUAUAUUUUUUGUGAAAUCCUUAAACAAGUGAAUUCAUACAUUUCAUUGCCAAGCAGAAAUAAAAUGAUUUUCUGCUGUCCGCUAGCUCCUAAAUAAGGCUCGUUUGCUGAAAAUCUGACAAAAGGCGACCCUAUGUGCACAGCUAACGCGACGACCUCAUCGAAGGCCUGUCGGUCACUAUCUCAACAUCUGGGGAAGACCAAGAAAGUCAGCAUAGAAAGUCCUUCCAGUUUUAUGGUAGUCAGGCAGCAAGAUGAGAAAGUUAAAUGCUCGCAGUAUCUUGGUAGACAGAUAACUGAAGCUUAGACCCUCCAGGUUGUCAAGAUUAAUCUCUUAUUCCAAAAUUAGUUUACCGGCAUUUUCGGUGAAAAGUGAUGUCAUUUUUAGUAAGGACAUUUCAAACAGACGGAAAGAAAGUUAGAAAAAAUGAAAGAUGGUGAAAAUGAGCGAGUAGAAUUUUAUCUAGAAGAAGUCUCUUCAUGACACGAUCAGCUCUGAGGAGUGUUGUUUUUACAUGAAAAUAAGUAAAUCUAAUCAGCAAUUAAAAAUAUGUAAAAACACAGUUGAUG